CAGUUUUACUUCCUGUCUGUAGAUGGCGUUACCCUAGUUUAUACUGGCCAGGGAGUAGGGUCCCCUAGGGCUAGAGGGUGGGGCAUCCUAAGGAUUAGGAAGGAAAAUGGUUUGGGUACACACAUGAUCUAGUAUGCUAGCAUUUGAAUGGAGGGUGGGAAAAGCCUUAACCUGAGGCCAAAAGGUGGCAAGGAAGGUUUGGGAAGGAAAAAAACAAAGCAAAGAUUUUCUACUUAAGGCAAAACAAAACACUCACACUCACACUCACACACACACUUCCUUGUGGGCAAAACCACCCCUCUGGGUAUGACCUGAGUUUUAGCUAAGAGAUUGGGAAGAAUUACCCCCACAGGGGUAAAGAAGAUUCCAGGUGGGUCUCCAGGCUUGGGGGGCUAGGGCUCUAGCUCUAAGGGGUGCUUGAACUCCGAGGCUUUACUGGGGAAAGACUUGGCAGGGAGCUGCUUCAUUUAGCUGGCCUGGGAGGGUAAAAGGCAGAGAAAAACUGGUCUGGGGAUGCAGAAAAAGCUUGGGUGGAGAGCACAGACUGUGGCCAGGGUCCCCUUCUAGGAUUUUGUUUUUAGUAGUCCCUGAAAUGCUUCAUAGGAUUGUGUAGAGGGAGUUUCAUACCCUUCUCCUCCUGGAUUGCCAGCCCAGUUCAUCCCACCUCUCUCCACUUCCCUGAGCCGGCAGGGGAGACAGUCAGAGAAUCCUGCAAGAUGAGCUACAUGUGGUCAGACUUAGAGUAGGAAAGAGACUUUGAAUCUAUGCUUAGCUACUUUUUCUAUUUCAAGUGAUUAUUAAUAAACUUUAUGGAAAAGAAGAACUUGGAGACAUUAAUCUUAAUCUAACAGAAUGGCAACCACUAUUGGAAAAAGAACUCUUCAUUUUCUUUUGAGAAAGCUUUUGAGUAUAGACUAGGGAGUAGGUGACUUGUGCAAAACCACAUUUCUCUCAUGCUGCUGCUCCUGCUUGCUUGUGCUGAAACGCCAGCUUGCUCCGGCCACUUUCAUGUGCUGGAUUCACCUUUGCUGAGACAGAUAAGCUGCUGCCUCCGUUUUUGUGCCUGCUGCUUCCCUUGCAAGCCUGCCAUGUGGAUAGGUAAGAACUCUCCCCCAUGGGCCCCCCCUUUUUUUAGCUUAGAUAAGGGUGGGGUGUUGGAAAAAGGAGCCCAAGUUGUGAGGUUUUCUUGGACACACCUAGGCUGCAGUCCCACCAAAAUCCAAGUGAGUCCCAAGCAGCUCUGGAAUCCAGCAGGAACUCCUAAUCCUUCCCAGCCUCCCUAAAACUCAAGGCUUUUACUGCCCUCAAAUGAGUCUAAAGACCAGCCAUUAUGGGAAAUAAGCAGAUCAAAACUAGUAAAGUGCCUGAGGUCUCUCCAUUAUAUAAGUUACUAUGUAGUUGGAAUGACCAAGGGUUUCCUAGGGAGGCUGGGAUGACAAAGAAGGAAGCUAAAAAACUGCAAAGCCUUGAUGGAUAAGUCCUCUAGAUGGUCAAAGUAUGGUUCCUUUGACUCUGAGGUCUUAAAUGAUUUAAAAAUGGCCAUUAGUGACAAAGAUUCCAAAGAUUAUAAGUACUGGCUUUUGUGGUCAUAUCAAUCAGUCAUACCCAGUCCCUCAGUGUCCUCCUUCGAGGAGACCUUUCUUUCUUGGAAUCUGGACUAUUCUGACUUAGCUCCUUCAGUCGCUCCUCCUAAACCCUUGAUUAGAUCUAGCAAGAAACACACCCUGUUAUCCCCCCUCCUGGACUGGGAGGAAGCUUCUCCUCCUAUCCCUUGGGCCCUCCCCUGUCAGACCCUGCUCAUCUCCCACUCCUCCCAUCUCCUUUCCUCUCAAUCCACCUCUUUACCCUCAGCCCCCAUCUGACUCUUAGUCCCACUACCCUUACCCCAGAGUUUCUUCCUUCCUGUUACUCAGACCCCCACACAUCUUCCCUGUUACUACAUGAACCAUCCUUCUCACUCUCUUGGCCAUUGCCUUCCCUGUCAUCCUCCCCCUGACCAACCACACCCAUCCUACUAUGUCUCCCCCUCUCCUCCCUGGCCCCGCCCCCACUUAGUCCAUCCUAGCUCCUCCUCUCCUCCCAGCCCCCAACCUCAAUCUCCACCAUUCUCCCUGCCCCACCCUGAUCCAUUCUCCAUGCCUCCCCACCCCCUGACCAUCCCCUCCCUUUCAGCUCACCCACUCACCCUUCCCCUACCCACUCCACUACAACCCAGAUUACAACCCACUCCAUUGCAACCCAGUCCACAAGCCAAGCAACAGUUAUCAUAGACAAUUCAAAUGGAGGCCUGUUCCCUCCAGGGGAUGGUCCCACUUAUAAGAAGUAGGAGAGCCUGAUGAACAUUUGCCACCAUACAUCUUUAUCUCCACAACAUUGAGAGCUUUAAGGAAAAGACCCCCUCCUUUGAAGAUGAGUCCAUUGUAAUCACAACUGAUUUUGAAAGCAUUUACCCCUCUUAUAACCCCACAGUCCUGCUAACAGAAACCCCUACUGGAAAGUGUAUCACAGAUGCAGAGAUCAUUAAUGAAGGGCUUUCUGUUCCCCAACUACCAGAAGCCCCAGCUGUAUUUCAUUGCCCUGCUUCUACAGGUGGAACUGACCCUGUCUCUAGAGGGAACCACCAGGCAGAUACUGCAGCAAAGUGCGCUGUUUGAGAAGUUUCUGAAAUUUUUAAAUUUUGACAACUAGUAACAAUUCAAAUUGAUCUCUCAUAAUGAUCAGGGAGUGAAAAAAUGGAAACAAAGGUUUAAAGCAAAACAGAUCAAUGGGGUAUGGCUAUCAUUUGAAAAAAAAACCCUAUUGCCUAGAAGUUUUUAUCCCCAAAUAUGCUUAUCUGUUCAUAAGAAUGGCCACUUUGGCACUCAGGGUAUUGUAGACUCUGUUAAACAGGUACGGAGAGCUCAUGGUAUGAUCACCAUAUCCUCUAAAAUAUGUGCAGUUUGUCCCACUCAACAUGCUUUUCAUGACAAAACUUUUGGUGGGCAUCCUCUGGCUUACACAUCUUUUGAGCAUUUACAAAUUGACUGUAUUACCAUGAUUAAGACUGGACAUUAUACAUUUUGUCUGGCCACAGUAGCUUUUGUUGCUAAGCUGUUCUUAAAGGGAGAUCAUUCCUUGCUUUAGCCCACUAGCAUGAUUUGAUUCAGACAGGGGAAUCCAAUUUACUGUUUUAUCUAAUUUAUUCUUGCCUGGGGAUCACUACGUAAUUCCAUGUAUCAUAUCACCCCCAGAGCUCAGGCCAAGUUGAGAGAAUGAAUAGAGAACUUAAGACCAUGAUUGGAAAAUUGUGCACUGACACUUAUUUGAGAUGGACUGAGGUUCACGUCUCCAGGGGAGAUCUACAUAUAUCACCAUUUGAGAUGCUUUCUGGGCAUCCCCUCAUACAGGCUAAAUCUUUUUCUUCUGCAUACACAUCAUUACUGGGGGGGGGGAUAUUUCCAUUGCUCCUUAUAUUCAGGAUUUACAGGUCAAAUUGUGUACACCACUCCAUAAGCUAUUGAAAUUGGAGAAAUGAACUUUUGGAUUCAUUGCUCACAUGGGGACAUUGUAUUGACACUGAAUGACUGUAUCCUGUCAUAUAUAUUGUAUUUGCUGAUUGUUUUAAGAUUUAAGGGCUUGUGGGACAUAAAUCACUUUAAUUGGGCUUUGCUGAUGAUUCAAGGACCUGUUACAGGUUUAUUAUUUUUUUUUACUCAGAAUUUUAUGCAUGUAAGAUUUUAUUUUUUAAAUUAUUAUUUUCAUUUUUUAAUCCAGAAUUUAAUUUUUGCUCUUUUAUUGGGGAUUUGGGGGGGGGUUGUUUUCUUUUUGGCAAUUGAUUCAUAUACCUUCUAACUCAGCUAUGUUUCCCAGGGUGAUUCUGGUGUUGGUCAGCCCCCUCCUCAGGGAGGUGGGGGAGUGUGUAAUUAUCCUAAAAUCCAAGGUUUAAAUCUUUUUGAGAAAUCUCAGGAAAAGAAACUUGUCAACACCCCGAAUCAAGAAAGCAGAUUUUUUUGGAAAAGGUGCUACAAGGAUGCCUGUGGAGAUCACACUCUGUAUGAAAAGAUCCAGAAUGAAUUUUAGGAUAUAAUGAACUGAACUGAAGGGGGUUGAACAUACUUAUUCUGAAUGUUGUAACCUUAAAAUUUCUUAGACUUAUGAAUGUUGGAAAUUUCCCCAUUGGGAAAUUUCAUACUUGAAAAAAUUUCCUACUGAUAGUAAGAACUCUAUUGGAAUAUGAAACCCCUUGGCAUGGGAGGAUCCUUCUCCUCCCUACUUAAGACUACUUUAGGACAGAAACCUUUUGCUAAACAAUGGAAAGGGCUUUGACCUAUGCUUAAGCAUAGAACAGGAAGUUCUUUGAGUCAUGAUUGAUUUUAGAAUUGAUACAAUAGAGAUACUUGGAAUGACAGAACCAGGUCUUGGAAACUACAAUCUCCACCCUACUCAGAGUAACAGGAUUUAGGAAGGGCUGCAUCAAAGAUCAAGAUUUAAUUAUUUGAGAAUAUGACCUUCAACAGACAUGUGCAAAGGGGACAGACCUCUAGGCGGUCCUGGGUUAAGCUAGAGCCACCAUUGGCAGAGGGAGAGAUCGACAGUGAUUGGUAGAUGUGAGAACUGAGGGGAGGGACUUAGAUUGUUUCCUUAAAGAUAGCGGGGUCUGAGGACUGAGGGGGAGAUGCUCUGAAGGAGGGCUGAGAGGAGAGAGAUCCUGGAGGGAGAGUCCUGGAGAGGUCUUGAAGGAGGCUGUGGAAGGAGAACUCAGGAGGAGUCAGGAGGAGAAUUCUCUGGAAACAUUUCUUGAAAGGAGGCUCUCUUGAAGGUGGAGCCUGAGGUUGGCAUGAGAAGCCUUACCUAGAGAGAUCUCGGGGGUCAGUAACAUUCCAGGAUGUGGCUGUGGACUUCACCCAGGAGGAGUGGCGCCUGUUGGACCAUUCUCAGAAAGAGCUGUACCUGGAGGUCAUGCUGGAGAAUGUGCAGAAUCUACUCUCUAUGGGGCUUCCAGUUCCUAGAGAAAUUUUUAUCUCCUGUUUUCAGCAAGAGGAAGCACUAGAGCAAAAAGGCCUAAGAAGCUCCUAUCCAGAGGCUGAGACUAAUUUUGAAGUGAAGGAGAUGACCUCAAAGCUGAGCCUUUCUGUGGAAGGAUGUAGCCCCCAAAGAUACAUGAGUGAGGGUCCCUGUGACUUCAUUUUGAGAGAAAUCUAUGACUCUAAUAUCAAUGUAAAUAAAAAGCCAAAGAGUGACUGUGAAUUUGAUGAUACUGCAGAGAAAUUCAGCCAAUAUUCAGUCCUAAAUCAGUAUAUGAAAUUGACCUCAGUAAAUGAUUUUUGUCAGAAUAGUGAAUACAGCAAAUGCUUUCCUGAAGAAGUAGGACUUAUUCAGACUCCCGAGGAACCUCUUGAAAUGGCCAUAUAUCAAGGUAACCCGGAGGGAAUGGCCUUUGGCUGGAGUUUAGACCUUAUUAGACAUCCAUAUAGUAAACUUGUAACAAUGGUUUCUAUGAGUAAUAACAGUGGGAAACCUUCCAGUCAGAUCUCUGAGCUUGCUGCAUAUCAAAUAAUCCACUCUGGAGAGAAACCUUAUGCAUGUAAGCAAUGUGGAAAGACUUUCACACAAAGGAACCAUCUUCCUGCACAUCAGAGAAUCCACACUGGAGAGAAACCUUAUGAAUGUAAAAAUUGUGGAAAGGCUUUCACACAGAGAAGCCAUCUUGCCAGACAUCAGAGAAUCCACACUGGAGAGAAACCUUAUGAAUGUAAACAAUGUGGAAAGGCUUUCACAUAUAGGAGCUCUCUUGCCAGACAUCAGGCAAUCCACACUGGAGAGAAACCUUAUGAAUAUAAACAGUGUGGAAAGGCUUUCAUAGAUAGGGACUGUCUUGUUAAACAUCAGAGAAUCCAUACUGGAGAGAAACCUUAUGAAUGUGAACAGUGUGGAAAAGCUUUCACAGAUAGGGGCUCUCUUGCUAAACAUCAGAGAAUCCACACUGGAGAGAAACCUUAUGAGUGUAAACAGUGUGGAAAGGCUUUCACAGUUAAGGGAUCUCUUGGCAGACAUCAGACAGUUCACACUGGAGAGAAACCUUAUGAGUGUAAACAAUGUGGAAAGGGUUUCACAGAUAGGGGCAAUCUUGCUGUACAUCAGAGAAUCCACACUGGAGAAAAACCUUAUGAAUGUAAACAGUGUGGAAAGGCUUUCACAGAUAGGAGCUCUCUUGCUGCACAUCAGAGAAUCCAUACUGGAGAGAAACCUUAUGAAUGUAAACAGUGUGGAAAGGCUUUCACACAAAGGAGCCAUCUUGCUAGACAUCAGAAAAUCCACACUGGAGAGAAACCUUAUGAAUGUAAACAAUGUAGAAAGGCUUUCACACGUAGGAACAGUCUUGCCAGACAUCAGAUAGUCCACACUGGGGAGAAACCUUAUGAAUGUAAACAAUGUGGAAAGGCUUUCACUCGGAGGAACUCUCUUGCUGCACAUCAGAGAAUCCAUACUGGAGAGAAACUUUAUGGAUGUAAACAAUGUGAAAAGGCUUUCACAGAUAGGAGCUCUCUUGCUAAACAUCAGCAAAUCCAUAUUGGAGAGAAAUGUUUUUGUGUGGAGUGAAAAAUUAGUAUAUUAUUCUCAAGGUAAUAGUUCUUAAUACCCAAGUAAGUAAAGCUGGUGCUCCCAAUACCCAAGUAAGUAAAGCUAACCCCCCAUCAAGCUCCUUUGAAGACUAGAUUACCCUACUCCCUACCCUUCUCCAUGCAGGACAAAAGCUUUAUAGUCUGUACAUGUUUUGGCUGUUCUUAGACCCUGAAGUACCCUAUGAUCAAAUCUCAAGUUCCCCUUUAUCUUAAAAACUCUUCCCUUUGAAGCAAAGGCUUCUCCCAGUUAGUCAAGUCCAAUGGCUGGAAAGAUACUAGUGUGCCCAUUGUGAAACCUCACCCCCUCCCAGAUAAUCCAUUCCCCAGAAUUCCCCUAUUUGUAUCUGUCUCCAACUUUCUGAUCAUUUCUUUAAGAUGUUGAUUUACUUGAAUGUGUCCACUUUGAAACUAUUCAACUUAAUAUUCCUGUCCAUUAUUUCUGGAUUUCAACCACUGUAAAAAUGUUAUAAUCCCUUCAGAGAGGCUGGAUUGUAUCAGGAUUCUCCUAUAAAUAAGGAAUUUUUCUGUGAAUUUUUUUUGUCUAAGGUCAAUGGCUUGAGAUAGUGCUCCACAUUUUUUCUCUCUCUCAAUAAAGCAAUGCAUCUUAA